AUGACCAGCGACCCUCUCCGCCCGGGCCUCCAUCCGCUGUCGCAUCUCAAAGCUGGUCCAACCACCUCCAGCUCGAAGUCGACUGCUGUGCCCUCAUCUCCGACCCUGCAGUCUUUUUCCCAAGCUCCGACGCGCCCGCAACCAGUCAAAUAUGCUAGUCGAGAGGAUCCGGUUAAUGCGACGAGCGACAAGGCGACGAUUGCUCUAAUUCGACGCAUCCUAUGUCCCCAAGCUGGUAACCAUGGGGGUGCCACUACUCCUCAACCUCCGGAAGAUCUGCUGCCUCCCCUAACGAGCUCAAAUGAGGUAGAUCGUCAGCUUUAUGCGCUUAUUGCUAUCAUCGUCAAAGAGUUUGUGUUCACCUGGUACUCAAAGAUCACUUCGGAUCAGGUGAUCGUGAGCGAACUCCUUCAGGUCAUUGCGCACUGCACCCGCGCUCUUGAGCAGAGGUUGCGCGAAAUCGAUGUUGCGCAGCUGUUUCUUGAUGAGAUUCCUGCUCUCGUUGAGAGGCACGUUACAUCAUAUAGACUAGCAAAGCAGCAAUCAGAACAAUCUUCGAUAUCUCCUCCGCUCCGCGAGAUUUAUCAUGCUCUAAAUCCGCAUCCAGGCCUCUCACCGAUCCCCGACCCAUCAGAUGCUCAAGCUGUUGCGCAGCAAAGAGAAAACGAAUCAAUUUAUCGACAACUAUUGGUCCACGGCAUGUUAGCGGUGCUACUCCCCACGGAGGACCUGGAAAAUGCUUCUUUGCGAACUCUGCUCGGUGACAUCUUGGCAGAUCUUGUGCUGGGCAAUGCAGUGGCCGGGAAAAUCAGCGAAGGAUGGUUCUUGUGGGACAGUAUCACGAAGGUGGUCGACAGGGUAGGGCGCAACGAACAGGAGGAGGAUGUAGCGACUGCAACCCUGGGUCAACGAUCCCGACUUCACAAGUACGGUCUCCUCUCUCAAGAAGCGUUCACGGAAGGUCAUUCGUCGUCCCACGUCCAAGUGCCAGUUCCCGACUGGAUCUGGCAAGCGCUACAAUAUGCCUACAUGAUCUACGUGACUUUACGUUUCAUUGUGAUCGGCCUGUUUCGCGUUGCAUCCGCACCUCCGGUUACUGCGUCCCUGACACCAUGCCCUCCAACCAGCAACGCGGACGGACCCCCCUCGUGCGCAACCUCCAAGAAGCGCCCGGUGCUGGACUACCGGUUGUAUGGCAUGGUCUCGCAAGUGAUGGAUGUGCCGCAGCGGAUGCCUUGGCUGUGUGGAAUGCUCGCACUGAUCCAGUAUCUGAUCCUGGCCGGUCCAGGUAGAUUGGGUGAUACGGAUAGUGUUCUUGAUAGGUGAGUCGCACAUCCCGAUUUGAAAUUUCUCAAACCCUCCCCCCCUCCAUCAUCACUCGCAAGCAAUC